CAUUUGCAUUUUCAGCAAAGGAGGUCAAGGAGCAAGCUACAGUGGCUUUUGUUGGUAAUGUCAAAGUCUCCCUCCCCUGAACCACUAGAUUGUGGACCCUCAUCUUCUUCUAAGCCUAGGGAAUCAAAUCGAACCACUGGAGUGGGUGAUCCCAAUGAUGCAGUGGCUACAGUUGCUCGUUUUAUUGAGCAACUGCAUGCCCACAUGUCUUCACCAAGUGAGAAAGAACUUAUCACAGCUCGUGUGUUGGGUAUUGCCCGAGCAAGAAAGGAGGCAAGAACACUUAUCGGUUCUCAUGGCCAAGCAAUGCCAUUGUUUGUAUCCAUUCUCAGGAGUGGCACUCCUUUAGCAAAACUUAAUGUUGCUGCAAUCCUGACUGUGUUAUGCAAAGAUGAGGACUUACGGCUGAAGGUGCUUCUAGGUGGAUGCAUUCCGCCAUUACUCUUGCUUUUAAAUUCUGAAUCAACUGAGGCCAGGAAGGCAGCAGCAGAGGCAAUAUUUGAAGUUUCCUCCGGUUGUCGUUUAGAUGAUCAUGUUGGUAUGAAAAUAUUUGUUACGGAGGGCGUAGUGCCAACUUUAUGGGAACAACUCAGUCCAACAAACAAGCAGGACAAAGUGGUAGAAGGAUUUGUUACUGGAGCUUUGAGGAACCUUUGUGGUGAGAAGGAUGGCUAUUGGAGAGCAACGCUUAAGGCUGGAGGAGUAGAUAUCAUUGUGGGUCUUCUCUCUUCUGAUAAUGCUGCUGCUCAAUCCAAUGCUGCUUCCCUCUUGGCCCGAUUGAUGUUGGCAUUCAGUGAUAGCAUCCCAAAAGUUAUAGAUUCUGGAGCUGUCAAAGCCUUGCUUCAGCUUGUAGGUGAGAAUAAUGAUACUUAUGUCCGUUCAAGUGCUGCAGAUGCUUUGGAAGCUCUUUCUUCAAAAUCAAGUGCUGCGACGAAGGCAAUUGUAGAUGUAAAUGGUGUUCCUAUUCUCAUUAGGGCUGUUGUUGCUCCUUCUAAAGAGUGCACCCAGGCUCUGCAGGGCCAUGCAACGCAAACUUUAUCAAAUAUAUGUGGAGGGAUGUCUGAUUUGAUGCUGUAUUUUGGAGAACUAUUGCAAUCUUCUCGCUUAGCUGCGCCAGUUGCUGACAUAGUAGGAGCACUUGCUUAUGCUCUAAUGGUGUUUGAGCAGAUUUCUGGUCUUGAUGAGGAAUCCUUUAAUGUAUCACAGAUAGAGGACACAUUAGUUAUGUUACUCAAGCCUUGUUAUAAUAAGCUAGUUCAAGAUCGUGUCCUUGAGGCAAUGGCAAGCUUGUAUGGUAAUACCUACCUCUCAGGAUGGCUCAAUCAUGCAGAAGCAACAAGGGUGCUUAUUGGACUCAUAGCAAUGGCUGCUGCUGAUGUCCAAGAGCAUCUAAUACUUUCUUUAACCAGCUCAUGCUAUGACAAACUCGGGGUUUGGGAAGUUAUUGGCAACCGAGAAGGUAUUCAGUUGCUCAUAUCAUUGUUGGGCUUAUCCAGUGAACAGCACCAAGAGUAUGCAGUACAGUUGCUGGCCAUCUUGACUGAUCAGGUUGACGACAGUAAGUGGGCCAUUACUGCCGCUGGUGGGAUUCCUCCAUUGGUGCAGUUACUGGAGAUGGGAUCUCAGAAGGCAAGGGAGGAUGCAGCACAUAUUUUAUGGAAUUUAUGCUGUCACAGUGAAGACAUUUGUGCCUGUGUUGAAAGUGCAGGUGCAGUACCAGCAUUCUUAUGGCUUUUAAGAAGUGGUGGACCAAAAGGGCAAGAAGAAUCGGCUAAGGCUCUUACAAAGCUUGUCCGAACAGCUGAUUCUGCCACUAUUAAUCAGUUAUUAGCUUUGCUCCUAGGAGAUGCUCCAAGCUCAAAGGCUCAUAUAAUUAGAGUUUUGGGCCAAGUGCUCGCAAUGGCACUACAUGAGGAUCUUGUGCAUAAGGGAUCUGCUGCUAACAAAGGGCUGAAAUCUCUUGUCCAGGUUCUCAACUCCUCAAAUGAAGAAACUCAAGAGCAUUCAGCUUCUGUCCUAGCCAAUCUAUUUAGCACAAGACAAGAUAUAUGCGAUAGUCUUGCAACUGAUGAAAUUGUGCAUCCUUGCAUGAAGCUUUUGACUAGCAAGACUCAAGUUGUUGCAACACAACCAGCUCGAGCAUUGGGUGCGCUGUCUCGCCCAACCAAUUCCAAAACUGCUAAUAAGAUGGCUUACAUUGCAGCAUCAGAUGUCAAGCCUCUAAUUAAAUUAGCUAAAACUUCUCUCAUUGGUGCUGCUGAAACUGCUGUUGCAGCCUUGGCCAAUCUUCUCUCUGUCCCUAUUGCUGCAGAAGCACUUGCUGAAGAUGUUGUUUUGGCUUUGACGCUGGGAGAUGGAACUUCAGAAGGUAAGAAGAAUGCAUCAAGGGCUCUUCAUCAAUUACUCAAGCAUUUUCCUGUAAGUGACGUGUUCAUAGGAAAUUAUCAGUGUCAUUUUUCUGUUCUUGCACUUAUUGAUUCCUUAAAUGAAAUGGAAAUGGACACCAGUGAUGCUGCAGAUGCUUUAGAAGUAGUUGCAAUCUUGUCUAGAACAAAAAGGGGUGUGACUUUAACUUAUCCACCAUGGUAUGCGCUUGCUGAGGCUCCAUCAAGUUUAGAACCUCUUGUGCGAUGCCUUGCCGAGGGGCCUCCUCCACUGCAAGAUAAGUCCAUAGAAAUUUUGUCUAGGCUUUGUGGGGAACAACCAGUUGUUCUCAGUGAUCUGUUGGUUGCAAGAUCAAGAUCUAUCAGUUCACUAGCCAAUAAAACAAUGAAUUCUGCCAGUUUGGAGGUAAGAGUUGGAGGGGCUGCACUUCUUACAUGUACUGUAAAAGAACACAAACGGCAGUCAUUGGAUUUACUUGAUCAGUCUGGGUAUUUAAAACCUCUAAUACAAGCUUUAGUGGAUAUGGCAAACAGGAAUUCAAGAUGUACCUCUUUAGAAAUUGAGGUCAGAUCCCCAAGAGAAUUUAUUGAAAUGACUGCAUUCCACGAAGGUGAGGAGUUUGAUGUUACUGAUCCUACUACUAUAGUGGGUGGAACUGUUGCUUUGUGGUUAUUGUCAAUACUGUCUUCCUGCCUUUCAAAAAACAGAAUUACCAUAAUGGAAGCUGGUGGACUUGAGGUUCUCACUGACAAGCUUGCAAGUUAUGCUUCCAAUCGUCAGGCAGAAUUCGAGGAUACAGAAGGUAUAUGGGUUAGUGCCCUGCUUCUGGCUGUUUUGUUCCAAGAUGCAAAUAUUGUUUUGUCUACUACAACCAUGUGCAUCAUACCUUCACUUGCUCUUCUGCUGAGAUCUGAAGAAGUUAUUGACAGAUAUUUUGCUGCUCAGGCAAUGGCUAGUCUAGUUUGUAAUGGAAGCAAGGGAAUAAAUCUUGUCAUUGCAAAUUCAGGUUCUGUUGCUGGGUUGAUAACAUUGAUUGGCUACAUGGAAUCAGAUAUGCCCAGUUUAGUUACUUUGUCUAAAGAAUUUUCUCUGGUACAAAAUCCUGGUCAAGUUGUUCUAGAACAUCUUUUUGAAAUUGAAGAUGUGAGAGUUGGCUCUACUGCACGGAAAUCUAUUCCUCUUUUAGUGGAUCUCCUGAGACCAAUACCAGAUCGGCCUGGAGCCCCUCCAAUUGCUGUUCAAAUCUUAACCCACAUUGCAGAUGGAAGUGAUACAAAUAAAUUAAUCAUGGGUGAAGCUGGAGCUCUUGAUGCUUUAACAAAGUAUUUGUCUUUGAGCCCUCAAGACUCAACAGAGGCUGAUAUAUGUGAAUUACUCAGAAUAUUAUUUGGCAAUCAGGAUCUUAUUCGAUAUGAAGCGUCAUUUAGCUCCUUGAAUCAACUUAUAGCUGUUCUGCGCCUGGGUUCAAAAUAUGCUAGAUUCAGUGCUGCAAGGGCCCUCCAUCAAAUUUUUGAUGCUGAAAAUGUUAGAGUUUCUGAAUUAGCCAGGCAGGCUGGGCAACCACUGGUUGACAUGCUUUGUGCUGCAUCAGAGAGUGAGCAAGAGGCUGCUGUUGUGGCUUUGAUCAAAUUAACUUCAGGAAAUACUUCAAAAGCAGCUAUAAUGACUGACAUGAAAGGUUACCCACUUGAGAGUCUAUACAAAAUCUUAUCUUCUGCUUCAUCUUUGGAAUUGAAAAGAAAUGCUGCACAACUUUGUUCUGCUCUCUUCGGAAAUAUUAAAUUUAGAGCAAAUCCUAUAGCCUCCGAAUGCAUACAGCCCCUUAUUUCUCUUAUGAUGUCUGAUAAUAGUAUAGCUGUGGAGUCUGGAGUCUGUGCUUUCGAGAGAUUGUUAGAUGAGCAGCAGCAGGUGGAGCUUGCAGCAUCAUAUGACAUUGUGGAUCUCCUUGUUAGCUUGAUUUCUGGGAGAAACCUUCAGCUUAUAGAGGCCAGCAUACGUGCACUCAUAAAGUUGGGGAAAGACCGCACACCAUGCAAAUUAGACAUGGUCAAAGCUGGCAUUAUUGCUAAUUGUCUUGAGGUACUCCCUUUUGCGUCCAGUUCAUUGUGCUCCUCAAUUGCGGAGUUGUUCCGUAUUUUAACAAAUAGUAAUGCAAUUGCUAGAAGUUCAGAUGCAGCAAAAAUAGUAGAGCCUCUUUUCUUGGUUUUAUUUCGUUCAGAUUUCAGUUUGUGGGGACAGCACGGUGCCUUGCUAGCACUUGUAAAUAUCUUGGAGAAGCCACAAAGCCUUGCAACUCUAAAAUUGACUCCCAGUCAAGUCAUUGAGCCUCUGAUUUCAUUUCUGGAAUCGCUAUCUCAAUCUAUCCAGCAGCUUGGAACAGAAUUAUUGACUCAUCUUCUCGCACAGGAACAUUUUCAGCAACACAUCACAACAAAAAAUGCAGUUGUGCCCCUGGUGCAGCUUGCAGGAAUUGGAAUAUUGAAUCUGCAGCAAACAGCCAUUAAAGCUUUGGAAAAGAUCUCUGCAAGUUGGCCGAAAGCAGUUGCUAAUGCCGGAGGUAUUUUUGAGCUUGCAAAGGUCAUCAUUCAAGAUGAUCCUCAGCCUCCUCAUGCACUUUGGGAAUCAGCUGCUUUGGUUCUCUCCAAUGUUCUGCAUUUCAAUGCCGAGUACUAUUUUAAAGUUACUUUAAUAGUUCUGGUCAAAAUGUUGCACUCCACACUAGAGGGCACCAUUACUGUGGCUCUUAAUGCCUUAAUUGUCCAUGAAAGGAGUGAUCCUUCAAGUGUUGAACAGAUGACUGAAGCUGGAGCUAUAGAUGCGUUGUUGGAGCUACUAAGAUCUCACCAGUGUGAAGAAGCAUCUGGAAGACUUCUUGAAGCUUUAUUUAACAAUGUAAGGGUACGAGAAAUGAAGGUUUCUAGGUAUGCCAUUGCACCCUUAGCACAGUAUCUGUUAGACCCACAGACAAGGUCAGAGUCUGGCAGGCUCCUAGCAUCUUUAGCUCUUGGAGACCUCCCCCUGCAUGAAGGCUAUGCUAGAGCCAGAGAUUCUGUUUCUGCAUGCCGUGCACUUGUAAGCUUGCUUGAGCAUCAACCUACAGAAGACAUGAAAAUGGUUGCAAUUUGUGCAUUACAGAACUUUGUGAUGCGGCGUAGAACUAAUAGGCGAGCAGUUGCUGAAGCAGGUGGCAUAUUAGUAAUUCAGGAACUUUUACUUUCAAACGAGCUCAUCAGAUAUUUGACAGCUGCCCUAGAGAGAGAAUUGUGGUCUGCUGCAACUAUUAAUGAGGAAGUCUUGAGAACAUUAAAUGUGAUAUUCGACGACUUUACUAAGCUCCAUAUUUCUGAAGCAGCUACUCUGUGUAUUCCUCAUCUCAUAGAAGCACUUAAGUCUGGGAGUGAGGGUGCCCAGGAAGCUGUGUUGGACACCCUGUGCUUGUUAAAACAUUCUUGGUCGACCAUGCCAAUAGAAAUUGCAAAAUCUCAGUCUAUGAAUGCUACUGAAGCAAUUCCUAUUUUGCAAAGGCUGAUGAAAACCUGUCCUACAAGUUUCCAAGAGAGAGCAGACAGCCUUUUGCACUGCUUACCAGGGUGUUUGGCUGUUACCAUAAAGCGUGGUAACAACCUAAAGCAAGCCAUGGGAGCCACUAAUGCAUUUUCAUUGACGAUAGGCAAUGGUCCUCCCAGGCAAACGGAGGUCGCGAGCCAUAGUACUUCUCCAGAGUGGAAAGAAGGCUUUACAUGGGCUUUUGAUGUGCCUCCAAAGGGACAAAAACUCCAUAUAGUCUGCAAAAGCAAAAAUACUUUUGGGAAGACAACUCUAGGAAGAGUGACUAUCCAAAUUGACAAAGUCGUAACCGAGGGAGUAUAUAGCGGUUUAUUCAGCCUGAAUCAUGAUAGCAACAAAGAUGGGUCUUCCAGAACGCUUGAAAUUGAGAUUAUCUGGUCCAACAGGAUGUCAAAUGAUGAUAGCAUAUGAAGGGUUACAAGAUCAUUUCUCUGCAAGUAACCACAAUGAAAUCAGGUGCAGAAAUUUAUAGGGGACGGAUAAUAUUAAUAUUAUCAGGUACAGGGAGGAGUUUGGGUUUGCUUGUGUAAGUAUUAUAUAUCUAUGGAAGGUCCAGUUUUGUAGUAAAUGCUUAAGAUGUCAAGUAUAAAAGCUGUUUAUUAAUUUGAGGAGAUGAAAAAGAGAAUUAGAGAGGUUCCCUAAAACUUUGCUUGGUAGAAAGGAUAGAAAAGGGUGAGAAUGAAAAAUUUGUUAAUCUAGUGGUGAAAAUUUAUAACCACUUUCUUACUUUAUCGCUUAAUCAUUAGAUAAGAAAAUUUUCAUUCUCAUCCUGUUUCAUCCUUACCACCAAGCAAAGCCUAAGUGUAGGGAGUAUAAAAGCUGUUUAGAAGUUUUUUGUACAGAUCAGUCUUUACAGACUAGCGAGUCAUGUUAGAGGAAAAUGGCAUUGCAGAAAUGUGAUGAAAUUGUACUUCUUUUGGCACGAAGUGCUGCCUUGUUAAAUGGUGGAAAUGGCUGUAUUUGUGCUUAUAUUUGUGUCAUUGCACCCAAAACUCAAAAGAUACCUGCAAAUUGUAAACAUACCAGUUCAGGCCAUUAGCUACUAUCUGACACCUUCCGCAAUAUCAGCAACGAUGGAGUGAACUAGAAUUAGUGAAUUACAUCUGUUUGCAAAUAUGAAUAAACACAAACAUGUAUCUGUAAUUUCUUUCAUGAUUUCAAAACAAAGCCAACAUCAUCCUUUUGCAAGUGUUGCAUAUCACCUGCUAGUCAAUUAUUCUUCAAUCCUUUAUCCUAUAAUAAAUGUAUUAUAUAUAUAUACAUAUAUAUUUAUGUUGAUGAGCAAAGUUAUUUCAACUUUCAGGCCCCAACUAAAACAUCCAAUAGCUUGGCCAAAAAAUAAAUAAAUAAAAAAAUUCGAAUAGCCAACCAAAUUGAUUCAUUUAUGAGACCUAGGCUUCUUCCAUCAUAAUUCUUUCUUCGGUGAACAAGCACGGUGAUGCAUCUUUUCCAUAUCGGAAAUUCGUGUAGCAGAAAACAUAUCAUGGUUUCUUGGGAUAUAUGUGAAUUUCUUCAGCAACAAAUAUUAGUAUUACCUGUUGUAUUUGGGAUAAUAAC